AUGUCUCUCCUGCAGUCCGCUUUGGACUUCCUGGCCGGGCCUGGCUCUCUGGGGGCCGCCGGACGAGACCAGCAUGACUUCGUAGGGCAGACCGUGGAGCUGGGAGAGCUGAAGCUUCGAGUGAAGCGGGUGAUCGCUGAGGGUGGAUUUGCAUUUGUCUAUGAAGCUCAGGAUGUUGUUUCUGGAAAAGAGUAUGCAUUAAAGCGAUUGCUGUCCAAUGAAGAAGAAAAGAAUAAGGCGAUUAUUCAGGAGAUCUGUUUUAUGAAAAAACUAUCUGGGCAUCCAAACAUAGUCCAGUUUAGUUCAGCAGCUUCAAUAGGCAAAGAAGAAUCGGAUACUGGCCAAGGCGAAUUCUUACUUUUAACAGAACUAUGUAAAGGUCAGCUUGUGGAAUUCUUGAACAGAGCUGAAAGUAAAGGACCACUGUCCUGUGAUACCAUAUUGAAGAUUUUUUACCAGACGUGUCGAGCAGUUCAGCAUAUGCACAAGCAGAAACCACCACUAAUUCAUAGGGAUCUCAAGGUAGAAAAUUUACUAGUGAGUAACCAAGGAACAAUUAAAUUGUGUGACUUUGGUAGUGCAACUACCAUUGCACAUUACCCAGACUACAGCUGGACUGCACAGAGGAGAGCAACUGUUGAAGAUGAAGUGACUCGAAAUACCACUCCAAUGUAUAGAACUCCAGAAAUUAUAGAUUUAUAUUCAAAUUUUCCAAUUGGAGAAAAGCAAGACAUAUGGGCACUUGGUUGUAUUUUAUACCUCUUGUGCUUUAAACAACAUCCUUUUGAAGAUGGAGCAAAGCUGCGUAUCGUUAAUGGGAAAAUAUUCAAUACCAUUGAAUGACACCAGAUACACAGUCUUUCAUGGACUUAUUGAAUCUAUGUUAAAGGUAAAUCCAGAGGAAAGAUUGUCUAUAACCGAAGUAAUUGGUCAGCUUCAAGAAAUCGCUACAGCAAGAAAUAUAAACCCAAAAUCACCUAUUACAGAGUUGUUGGAGCAAAAUGGUGGAUAUGGAAAUACUGUGAAUCAAAAAGUGCUGUUACAGACUUCUAAACCUGUUGGGCAACCAGGAGUUACACUUGGAGAGGAUGACCAAAAUUCAGGAGGUUUUUUUGACAUCUUGAAAGGUGGCACAGAGCGAUUUUUCAGUAAUAUUAAAGAUACGUCUUCAAAGGUUAUUCAGUCAGUCACCAACUAUGCAAAAGGAGAUUUGGAUUUGUCUUACAUCACUUCCAGAAUUGCUGUCAUGUCCUUUCCUGCAGAAGGUGUAGAAUCUGCCAUCAAAAAUAACAUUGAAGAUGUGCGCUUGUAUCUGGAUGCUAAGCAUCCUGGGAGUUAUGCAGUUUAUAACCUAAGUUUGAGGAAAUACAGACCUGCCAGGUUCCAUAACAGAGUGUCUGAAUGUGGUUGGUCUGGAAGACGUGCUCCAAAUCUUGUGAACCUUUACAGCAUCUGUAAAAAUAUGCAUUUAUGGCUGAAACAAGAUCAAAAGAAUGUUUGUAUUGUACACUGCCUUGAUGGAAGAGCUGCAUCAGCUGUGGUGGUAUGUUCUUUCCUGUGCUUCUGCCGUCUGUUUUCCACUGCUGAAGCUGCUGUGUAUAUGUUCAGUAUGAAGAGAUGUCCACCUGGCAUAUGGCCUUCUCAUAAAAGGUACAUAGAAUACAUGUGUGACAUGAUGGCGGAGGAGCCAAUCAUUCCUCACAGUAAACCAAUUCUUAUAAAGUCCAUAUUUAUGACCCCAGUUCCACUGUUCAGUAAACUGCGCAAUGGUUGCCGGCCUUUCUGUGAAGUGUAUGUUGGAGAUGAGCGAGUAGCCACUACCUCACAGGAAUAUGAUAAAAUGAGGGACUUUAAAACUGAAGAUGUCAAAGCUGAAAUUCCAUUAGAUGUUACAGUACAGGGUGAUGUCCUAAUAGUCAUUUAUCAUGCAAGGUCUACACUGGGUGGUAGAUUGCAAGCCAAGAUGACUUCAAUGAAGAUGUUCCAGAUUCAGUUUCACACAGGCUUUGUUCCAAGAAAUGCCACUACUGUGAAGUUUGCAAAGUAUGAUCUGGAUGCCUGUGACAUACAAGAAAAGUACCCAGACUUAUUUCAAGUAAAUCUGGAAGUUGAAGUGUCUUCUAGAGACAGAGCUGCAAGUGUCACUCCACCAUGGGAAAACCUCAACACCAAGCGAUUGACUCCUAAAAUACUGUUUUCAAGCCGGGAAGAGCAACAAGAGAUUCUGUCAAAAUUUGGAAAACCUGAACUACCCAGACAGCCAGGAUCAACUGCACAGUAUGAAGCAGACACGUGCUCAGCAGAACAUUCUCCAGAGCAACCAAACUCUGAUGUGCUAAAGAGUAACUUCUUUCAAACACUUGACUGGCAAGAUCAAAUGGAAGGACAAGAUGUUCACAUUGAGGCCCAGGAGUAUUCUUCUAAAGAGGAGAUUGAAGAAGGCACAAGUGAUAACAAAAGUGAACCUUCUGAUGAGGAGUUCUAUGACUUUUCCCAAGUGCACAGUGCAUUGGAAAGUGAAGAACGAGGAUUAGACAAUGUAGCAGAUGAAGUAAACACUACAGAUAUGUUUGAAGCUGACAGUAAUACACAGCUGCCAGAGCCAAAAGAAGAAGAAGACGAAGCAGAUUUGUUAGGCCUUCAUUCAGCUCCUGUAACUGCAGAAACCAGUACUAUACCUGGAGAAAUUAAGGGUUCAUCUAGCAAUGCAGCUUUACUAGACAAUCUCUUCUCUGACAAUUUGUUCAAGGAGGAUUUAAAAGUCGACAUCCAGACUGAUAACUUACUAGGAUCUGGAGAGGACUAUUUCUUCAGCAAAGAAACCUCAGCAGAGUCUGGUUCCUUAUUCAACGCCUCAAAUUCUGCUUCCGAUCCAUUUGACCCAUUUGGCAUAAAUGCAUCAGAAAACAAGUCAGGAGGUCCUGAGCUAUUUGAUUGUUUCUUGAGCCCACACUCUGCUUCCACUCCUAAUGUAUAUCCUUCUGAAAAAAAUGCUCCAACCUCUACCUCCAAUGUGGACUUCUUAAACCUAGAUCAUUUACCAACACCUCCGCUAAAAAUAGUUUCAUCUGCAAGCAACCCAGAUCUUCUGGGAGGAUGGAAUUCAUGGGAAGAGCCUUCUAAAACCAACAAUCUCUUUCUUCCAAAACUUAGUAAACCAGCAUUUGAAGGUCCUGUCUUUACGCCAGCCAGUCAAAUGAGUACAUCUUCAAGUUCAUCCUUUAAUCAGGCGAAGUCCUCAAGUUUUGACCCAUUUGCUGAUCUUGACAAUCUUGGUUCUUUCCAAGCUAAAGGAUCAUCGUCUCAAUCUUCUUCACAAUCCAGUGAAAAGUCUUUCCAAAAAAGCACCUCCAGACUGUCUCCAAAGCCUCAAACCACAAGUAACUCUUGGCAGUCACAACCUAAAACUGGCAUCAACAGCAAGCCUAACUACAGUGCGAAUUUCAGUGUUAUUGGACGCAGGGAAGAAAGGGGCAUCAGAGCUCCAGGUUUUGGGCCAAAACCAAAAGUUUUAGAGAGUGAUUUUGGAGACCUGCUUUCUAACCAGGGGUUUUCAGCUAGAACAGACAGCAGGGGUCCCAGAACUAUUGCUGAAAUGAGAAGACAAGAAAUGACGAGAGAAAUUGACCCACUAAAACUGAAAAUUUUAGACUGGAUAGAAGGUAAAGAAAGGAAUAUACGAGCUUUGAUAUCUACCCUGCACACUGUACUUUGGGAAGGAGAAACAAAGUGGAAGCCUGUUAACAUGGCUGAACUGGUAACCCCUGAUCAAGUGAAAAAAUAUUAUAGGAAAGCAGUGCUUGUAGUUCAUCCUGAUAAGGCCACUGGAAAACCCUAUGAACAGUAUGCUAAAAUGAUUUUCAUGGAAUUAAACGAUGCCUGGUCAGAAUUUGAAAAUCAAGGAUCAAGAGCUCUUUUUUAA